AUGCAGAGGGAAGUUGCUUAUGUGGGCCGAGAUGGCCCAAGUGCUUCCCGCCCUGGAUCUGCCACGCACCCUCCCCAUGCGAUGCCUAGCUCUCCACCCUCCACCCCGGUGCCCCACUCCAUGCCUCCCUCUCCGUCCAGGAUUCCCUACGGCGGGGGCCGGCCCAUGGGUGUGCCAGGCAACGCCACCAUCCCCAGGGACCGGCUCUCCAGCGUGCCAGCCUCACGCUCGAUAUCACCCAGCCCAAGCGCCAUUUUGGAGAGACGGGACGUGAAGCCAGAUGAGGACAUGAGUAACAAAAACCUUGCCCUGAUCCGAAAUGAAGGUCUGUACGGUGACCCCUACUUGUUUCACGAGGGGAGGAUGAGUGUGGCUGCACCCCACUCUGGACACCCCCUCGAUGUCCCCGAUCACAUUGUAGCCUACCAUCGCAGUGCCAUGAGAUCAUCAAGCACUUACUGCAACCCCUCUAUGCAGCCUGAAAUGCUGGAGCAGUCCUUGUACAGACAAAAGUCACGGAAGUACCCGGAGAGCCAUUUGCCCACUCUUGGCUCUAAAACGCCUCCUGCCUCACCCCACAGGGUGGCUGACAUGAGAAUGAUCGAUAUUCAUCCUCACCAUAGUGCUCACAUUCCCCCCCACACCAUCCAGCCUGACAGGUCUUCCCCCAGCCGCCAGUCCUUCAAAAAGGAGCCGGGACCGCCUGUGUUCGUGGACGCGAAAGCACGGAGCGCCCUUGGCCUCCCAGGCAUGGCUGAGGCAGUGCCGUCUCCAGUCGACAAGCAGGCUUUUGGCUAUGGGUCACCUGCAAUGCCCAAGGACAAGGAGACAAGUGAGAAGAUGAUGUUGAAAAUUGUGUCCAGCAAGAGCAGCGUUGACACUGCAGGUGCUGCUAACAUAUCUGGGGGGAAGAACACGUUGGGAACUGUGGAGUCAGCUGUCAUCCAUCACCCUGCUGGAGUCCCAUCAAUGCAAGUCAGCCUGCAUGGUAUGAAACGUAAUGUGUCAGAUCUGCGGCUGCAGCUGCAUCAGAUGAAGCAGCUACAGCUGCAGAACCAGGAGAUGCUGAGGGCAAUGGUGAGGAAAGCAGAGCUGGAAAUCAAUGGCAAAAUGAUUGAAACAGUGAAGAGGCUUGAAGAUCCUGUGCAGCGACAGCGCAACCUGGUGGAACAAGAAAGGCAGAAAUACCUCAACGAAGAAGAAAAGAUUGUAAAGAAGUUAUGUGAGCUGGAGGCAUUUGUUGAAGAUCUGAAGAGGGACUCCACUGCUUCCAGCAAGACAGUUACACUGAAAGAUGUUGAAGAUGGAGCCUUUCUUUUGCGUCAAGUGGGAGAAGCUGUUGCCACCCUGAAAGGAGAGUUCCCAACAUUGCAGAAUAAAAUGCGUGCGAUCCUCCGGAUUGAGGUAGAAGCUGUGAGGUUCCUAAAGGAAGAACCACACAAGCUAGACAGCUUGCUGAAACGUGUACGCAGCAUGACGGAUAUCCUUACCAUGCUCAGGAGACAUGUUACAGAAGGACUGCUGAGGGGUGUGGAUCCAUCCCAAGCCGUGCAAUAUUCUGCCUUGGAAAAGGCCACUGCAGCUGAUGCUCUGAAAAACCAGGAGGAGUUGAAGCAUGCCCAGGGACAUGCACAGCAAAACCUCACAGCAAUCACAUCAGAGUCCCAGGUGUCAUCAGUCAAGUCAGAAGUCAUCCCCUUCUCAACAAUGACGGUCCAUCACGUGCAGAGCUCGCCUGUUGUCAUCCAUCAGUCUCAGCACUCAUCAGCCCUGGUCAACCAUGCCCAGAGUUCACCCACUGCAGCCAGUCACAGCGAAGGUGUGCCAGCGGGUGGCCACCUCUCAGCCACCCCACCAGCCCCCCUGCAAGAGCCCACAACAGGAUCCCAGCCCACACAAGCCACGCCAGCACCACAGGUCUCUGUCAAUGGCACCACCAUGCAAAGUCUUUUCAUUGAGGAAAUUCACAGUGCAAGUACCAGAAACCGAGCUGUAUCAAUUGAGAAAGCUGAAAAGAAGUGGGAAGAGAAAAGACAAAACCUCGAUCACUAUAAUGGAAAGGAAUUUGAAAAGCUCUUGGAAGAGGCACAGGCCAAUAUAAUGAAGUCAAUUCCUAACCUAGAGAUGCCUCCCCAGCCAGCAGCCCUGCCUAAAGGGGAUGCAGUGGAAAAGCUAGAAGUCUCAGAAGAAGUUCCUGAUGGAGAACAGGAUAAUGACAAGCUGACCAAGUCUCCACCCCCUCCACCUCCACGGCGCAGUUACCUGCCAGGGUCAGGACUAACCACAACGAGAUCAGGAGAUGUCAUCUAUGCAGCCAGAAAAGAGGCUACUGCUGUCAAGGAAUGCAGUGAAGAUGCUGGGCAAACAGCACAAUCCAAAGCCCCUAAAGAGGAUCAGGCAUUGUCUCGGAGCACAGGACAUGAUGUAGCAUCAGCUGCAAAAGAUGAAGAGGAAGAGGAAGGAGAUAAAAUAAUGGCAGAAUUACAGGGCUCCAGCGCUGCCUCGCAGACAAGCCGGAUGCCGGUCCCCAUGGCUUCGAAAACUAGACAAGGAAGCAUGGAGAAAGCAGGCAAACAACACAAGCUGCAGGAUCCACGCCAAUACAGACAGGUAGUUUUACCCUAA